AAAAGGAAGAAGAGUACUUGCUGUGGAAUUGACAAGUUCCUUUGAAGAUCUAAGGACUACGGCUUUUGAGGAUUUUGGAAUUGACCAAAACGAAGUUGAGCUUGAGUUAAGCUACUUACCUAUGGAGUUAAUCAAUAUGAUAGACUGUCGUCCAGUUAUCAUUGGGAAUGAUCGGCAAGUCAAGAAUUUUCUUACAUAUGUAAGUGGAAAAGCUUCUUCAAAGUUGUGUGUGUCUAUUUCACCUGUCAAUGCAAACAACGACAACAUUGAGUUUGAUAAGGAGAGAGCGAGGUGAGCCUUCCUCGUUUUCACCUGGAGAUGGCAUUGGUAAUUCUUCUGAAUCGAGCAAGGAUGGUGAAGACGAAUGUAACUCGAACGCCUCGGAAGAAGAUGAAGAUGUUGACUUAAGUGUAAAAGAAGAGGAUAGGGGAAAAAGUGUUCGGUUCUCUUUGAAGGAUGUUGUGAAGAGGGGUGAAACGUUUCAAAACAAAUCUAAGUUGAAAGCAGCAUUGGAAAUGUCAGCAAUGAAGAAUAACUUCGAUUACAAAGUUGUGAAUUCAGAUAGAAAACUUUGAUACAUCCGAUGAGUGGACAACAAGUGCAGGUGGAGUGUUCGUGCUGAGGGGUUAUCAAGAUCCACAUAUUUCAUCUUAAAAAAAUAUGUGGCGGAUCAUACAUGUGCUGCGUCAAGUAUGAAUAAUGGUGGCCGGACAGCUUCACUACAGGAAAUGUGGGUAUUGAUAGCGUCGUAGCAUAGCGUUUUUUGCUUCUCUGCUAUUGUAUAUAAACACGGGCCUUUAUAAUAGCGUUUUUGAAAUGUAUAAGCUAUCUUUGUAGUCGCGGGAAAAUAAAAUAAUUCAGCCGCGUUAAUUUGGUAAGUGGAGGCGCCUUACCAUUGCAAAUCAAAAACUAAAUGCUAUCGUAUAUGAAAAAAUAUAUUAAAAAUAACUUAAGUAUUAAUCAAAACCGAGACUUCAUUCUCUUCACUUCACUCUCUUCACAUUCCUCAAAAUCAAAACCGACUCAUCGAAGUUCUUCAGAGUUCUCUCGAGCCGAAGCUUCAAUUGGUAUGAGUUUCGAUUUGAUUCUGAGUUUAGAAUAGAGACUGGUUCUCUCGAGUCGAAUCUCUUUGAUUUUGGGUUUCUCUUUGAUUCAAAUCUCUUUUCACAUGCAUGUCCGCGUUAACACAUGAUUCGAUUUUGAUUGUGGGUUUCGAUUAGGUUUUGAAUAUGAUUGUGGGUUUCGAUUAGGUUUUGAAUAUGAUUGUGGGUUUCAGUUUGAUUUUGAAUAUGAUUGAAGGUUUCGAUUUGAUUUUGGGUUUAGAUUUUUUGAUCGAAUGGCUUGAUUUGAUUUUGGAUUUGUUUAUCAGUUUCAGAAAUGGCAAAGACAAGAGGACAAGUUGGUUCUCGUCGGAGUAAACGUAAUCAAGGCUUGGAGGUAGUAGAUCAAGAGGACAAGGCACCGCAACUAAAAGUGAAGAAAAGAACAGCAAAGAAAACGGCUUCCCCUAAAAAGAAUUUAGUUUUAACGCCAACGAGAAGAAGUAGUAGAAUCAAGAAAGUGGCUGCUGAAGAUGAUUACAUAGAAGAUGUAACACCAUCUGACGAUGAUGAGGUAGAAGAUGUUACACCUCCUAAGGAUGAUGAAGUACAAGAUGUAACACCUGCUCAGGAUGAUGAAGUAGAAGAUGUAACACCCGAAGAUAAGGAUGAUCAGGCUGAGAAGUCAAUGUCUGAAGAAGAUAAAGACGAUGAAGAGGAUGUCAAUGGGAAAGAGGAUGAAGAAGAUGGCGAUGUCAAUGGGAAAGAGAAUGAAGAAGAUGGAGAUCUCAAUGGGAAAGAGAAUGAAGAAGAACCGGCCAAUAUGGAAGAUGAUGGAGUUCUUAAUGAGAAAGGGAACGAAGAGGAAGCUUGCGAAGAAGAAGCUCGCGAUAUGGAAGAAGAUGGCACUGCGCAAGAUGAUGAGAUUCCUAGUACUGAAGGAGUUGAGCUAGCAGGGGAGGAAGUUUCAAAAAAAAAUAAAAGAGGACCUACAAAGUUGCGUAGAGUGGCUGAAAAUCCCAAUGAUAAGAUUAUGGUCACAUUCAAUGACAUUGGUGAGCAUGUUGGACCUGGUUCAGUAACCCUAUCGUCGUUUCUUGGUCCUCUUGUGAGGGAACAUGUUCCGGUUACACUUGCCGAUUGGAGAAAACUUGAUGCAGCGACUAAAGCAACAAUGUGGGAAGAAAUUCAGGGGAGGUUUAACUUGCAAGAAGAGUGGCAGAAAGCUGUUAUUUUCAAGCAGCUGGGAAAUGUGUGGAGGGCUGGGAAGUCAAGGCUGGUGUCACAAGUACGUGUGGCGAAGACUGCAGCUGAGAGAAUAGCUUUAAAACCGAGCAACAUCCCAUCCCUUCAACUGUGGAACACUUGGGUUAAGAGUAAGACUACCAAAUCUUUCACAGAAACGAGUAACAAGUACAGAGCGAUGAGAAGAAAUCAGAUUCCUCACACCACCAGCCGCAAAGGAAUGCUUCGUUUAGCUGAUGAUAUGGUAAAAGAGUAGUCAAACAUCUACAUAUUGUAGAUCAGCUUGUUAGAUUAAAAUGGUAGUGAGAUAUGUUUGUUUUCAUAUA